AUGAGGAGCGCGGCGAAGGGGGCCGGACGGACAGGCCAUGCUGCCCCCUCCCCCGACCCCGCUCGGGCGGGCGGGCGGGGACGGCCGAGGGGAGGGCCCGCCGGGGGCCGACCUGCCGGCUCCUCCCCCCGCCGCCCAGCGAGCAUAAAGCCCCGCGCUCGCCCGCGCGCCCAGGCGCCCGCGGAGGCGGCGGCGCCCGGACCCCACUCCCGUUGGGCUCCCGGGUCCCCGAGGGCAAGAGAGACCCCGAAUCCCGAGGCGGGCCGGGACCUGGGCGCGGCCGCACCCCACACCCACCCCGGCUCGGGGGCCGGGCCGCGGGAACGCCCUCCCGGAAUGAAGCGCUUCCCGGUGCCUUCAAGAUUCGGGAAAGCCGGUUCCAGAGUCUCCCCGUCCACUCCCCACGGAAGCUGUAGAAAGAGUUCUAACCCCACCCCAUCGGAUUGGAAGUACCUAAGCUGCCGGCCCACUGUGUUUGGAGUGACUUCUCUCAGUCCAUCUCAAUUUAGACCACUCCCCAUGGAGGCAAAUGCCUUCCCGGCUUCCUUCUCCCCCCCCACCCAGGCUUCUAGGUCUCUGAAAUCUUCCAGUGCUUUCGCCCCAGGCUCCUGGGAACCAUCUCACCCACCCCCUUAAACUCCCUCCCUCUAGCCUGGGAACCCCGAGGAAGCCCAUCCUGGAUCACCUCUGGAUCCAGAGUACUCUCCCUGUCUCCCCUUCUCCAAAUCCAUGUCCCCGCCUCAAUCCCCUGGCUGAAAUCAGCCAAGAAACUGUCAAAGCCAAAGGCUGAGGCAGCCAGCCACUCCUGCUCAAAUCCCUAACCCUGCUGGGGGUCUCAGUGCCACACAAGCCACUCCUGCCCAAUUGCCUCCCACUCCUUCCCCCACCCACCUUCAAUCUAGCCAGUGUAACCCAGUGACAGUCCUUGAUGACAAGUUCCUUGCCCACCUUGACCUCCAUUCUCAAGUCACCCACCUUUUUAUUAAUGUGUGCUAGAGCUCUGGGCAACACAACCCUGACCUCUGUAAGGGUGCCCAUCCCCCUCCUCUUAGUACACCUCCCCUGCCCCCACCCCAACUACCUCUGGGAUAAGAACGUGAGAGACUCAAGUUAAUGGUUUCCUCUGGGACCUUCUGGGAAUACUCAGCAGGUAUAUCCUGCCACCCUGUAUGCAUGACACUAGAAACAACUUGCUUUUUCCUGUU